UGAAAGUGACAGCUGAAGCCAGGCAGUAUGCAAACCCCUGACACCAUCAGAAGUGUUUGAACUGCUGGCCGUGUCGGACUUGACAGGACAAACAAAGAUGGAUCAAGAACCAGAAACAGAACCCAGGCGCAUACGAGAAGGGUACCUUGUAAAGAAGGGUAGCAUGUUCAACACCUGGAAACCAAUGUGGGUGGUACUCUCAGAAGACGGAAUUGAAUUUUUUAAGAAGAAGACAGACAACAGUCCAAAAGGAAUGAUCCCUUUGAAGGGAAGCGCUCUCACAAGUCCUUGUCAGGAUUUUGGAAAGAGAAUGUUCGUUGUCAAGUUCACAACCUCCAAACAACAAGACCACUUCUUCCAAGCCUCCCAUCUCGAGGAAAGGGAUGCCUGGGUGAAAGAUUUCAGGAAAGCCAUUAAGUGCAUCGAGGGAGGCAAAAGGUUUUCCAGGAAAUCUACUAGGAAAUCGAUCAAGCUGCCUUCAUCUAUCAACCUGGGUACUUUGUAUCUCUCAAUGAAAGACCCUGAGAAAGGAAUAAGAGAAAUGAAGCUGGAAAAAGACAAGAAAAUUUUCAAUCAUUGCUUUACAGGCAGCUGUGCAAUUGACUGGCUACUUUCAAACAACUCUAUCCGAAACCGCCAAGAGGGUCUGUUGCUAGCGUCUGCCCUAUUGAACGAAGGUUAUUUUCAGCCUGCGGGGGACGCUUCCAAGAAUGCGGCUGAGGGCUUGGCAGAAACUUCCUUCCUCGACCAUGAGGAUGCCUUUUAUUACUUUGCAGACAGUGGGUUCUUCUGUGAAGGAAAUUCCAGUGACGAUGAUGCAAUCCUCGGUGAAGAGUUCAGAGGCACCGUGAUCAAGCAGGGAUGUCUACUGAAGCAGGGACACCGGAGGAAGAACUGGAAAGUGCGGAAGUUUGUACUGAGGGAGGAUCCGGCUUACAUCCAUUACUAUGACCCUGCUGGGGGAGAAGAGCCACUAGGAGCCAUUCACCUGAGGGGAUGUGUGGUGACUGCCGUUGAAGAUAACCCCAAUGGAAAGAAACACGAAGUGGAGGGGAACCUGUUUGAAAUCAUCACUGCCAAUGAAGUUCACUUCUUGCUGCAAGCAGCUACUUCUGCAGAGCGUACAGAAUGGAUCAAGGCCAUUCAGAUUGUUUCUAGGACUGGAAAGUAAUAACGAAGCCACCCACUGAAGCAAAGAAAACUUUGUUUUGUUUAAAAAUUUCUUUAGUGUUCUCUGCAACAUGGAUUUCAGGAUGUUUCCAGGUUCACCUUUUCCCCUCUGCCAAUAGUCUGGCCUACAAUCUGCAUAAUAUUUAAUGCACCAAUACUUAAUAUAUCUAUUGCCUUUCUGUAACCAUCACCCCAAGUUGAAUAAAAAAUGGUGUAACCCAAAUGUUUGGUAACCCGUUUUACUUAUCACCAAGCGAAGUAGGGCAACU